UUCUAGGUACUUAGAUUUUGGCCAAGCAACUUCUGGAUUGAGUUAUGAUGCAUUUGUACAAAAUCGUCGGGAUGCUAAUCUUUUUGCUAGAUUCAAAUGUGAGAUUCUCACACCACUACAAAAGAUUUGCCCUUUGCAAAAGGUGCUCCCAAACUGAAGUGUAGGUUAGGAAGCAUGGAAUGGAUUACACCAUUAAGCAAUAUCUGGGAUUCCAUGCAUCUCUGCACUUUAAAUCAGUAUAUAAUGAACUAGUCAAAUCAAAUCAGUAUAAUGGAAACACUCUAUGAUCAACGAGUGUGGUAUGAUGGAUGUGAUGUGAUCUCUCCGCCCUUAACCAUUUCUCAAAUUCUUAGCUUUGCGCUCUAGAAGUAUAGAAACUCCAAUAGAGAGCGUUCCAUCCGUUUAGUAAAUUCUAUAUUGCACGAAUCAGGAUUAGUCGAGCUACUAGGUUAGGAACACCCAGCGCAUAAAUGAAAAAAAAAAAAAAAAAGACAAAAGCCAGCACUCUAGCUUUAUUAGUAUGCCACACCCAAAGCAAGUUUCUUUCUUCGGCGCCACACAACCUAGUUGGUAGCCUAGUUGAGUUUUAAACAAGUUUUCUUCCUCAACAAUGCGCGCUUAUGAACUGUCUAAGCAACGUCCGCCUCCAAGUGACAACCAGCAUUGCCAACAACAGUUUCCAAAUAUGGAAAUGGUGCAUGUCAAUGGCAGAAAAAUGCACCCAUAUGCGCCAACUCAAAGCCAUCCACGCCAUUUACAUAACUCUCGGUCUUCACCGCAACACUUAUGCCGUCACCAAGCUCCUCGAUUUUUGUGCCCUCUCAAACUCUGGCGACCUUUCCUACGCCUCCCGGAUCUUCUCGCAGGUUCAAACUCCCAAUACAUUCCUCUACAACGCCCUUAUACGGGCCUACUCUAGUAGCCCGCAACCCAAAUUUUCCGUUAAUUACUUCCAUCUUAUGCUAAAAACCAAUAACGAUGCGGCUCCUGAUGGAUUUACAUUUCCGUUCCUCUUUAUCGCCUGCGCUAAUGGUUCUUUGGAAGUGGAGGGGAAGCAAAUUCACAGUUGGGUAAUCAAGAAUUCAUUGUCCGCGUCAAAUGCACAUGUACAGACUGCAUUAAUUCGGUUUUAUGCGAAUUGUAAAGCAUUGGACGAUGCACGUAAUGUGUUCGAUGAAAUUACCGACAUAGAUGUUAUUCAAUGUAAUGUUCUUAUGAGUGGACACCUUCAAUGCGGAUCAGCCAAGGAGGCUUUGAGUAUUUUUCAAGAUAUGUUGGGACGUGGAGUUAGUCCGGACGAGUACUGUGUGACCACAACACUUGCAGCCUGUGCUCAAUUAGGUGCUCUUGAGCAAGGCAAAUGGAUUCAUGAGAAUGUUAUGAAGAGUGAGUGGCUCGAAUCUGAUAUUUUUAUAGGCUCUGCUCUUGUUGAUAUGUAUGCUAAGUGUGGGUGCAUUCACAUGGCUUCUGAGGUAUUUGAGAGCAUGACUACGAGGAAUAAGCAUUCGUGGGCAACAAUGAUUCGAGGGUUUGCUGUUCAUGGUCGUCCUGAGCUAGCAGUAAGCUGUUUGGAGAGGAUGCAGGUGGUCGAUGGGCUUAAGCCUGAUGGUGUCGUCAUUCUUGCAGUUUUAGCAGCAUGUGCACAUGCAGGACUUCAGAAAGAAGGACAAUUUCUGUUGGAUAAGAUGGAAUCUUUAUACGGUGUUGCACCGGAACAUGAGCACUUCAGCUGCGUAGUGGACUUGUUAUGCAGGGCUGGGCGAUUGGAUGAUGCACUUAAGCUUAUUAGAAGGAUGCCAAUGCAACCACGGGCCUCAGUUUGGGGUGCAUUAUUGAGUGGUUGUCGAAAUCACAAUAACGUAGAUCUUGCAGAACUUGCUGUCAAGGAGAUUUUGCUGGUAGAAGAUGGCAAUGAAGCUGAAGAAGAUUCUGCUUAUGUUCAGUUAUCCAAUAUAUACUUGGCAGCUCGGCAAUGUGAUGAUGCACGUCGAAUCAGGAGGAUGAUUGGUGACAAAGGGCUCAAGAAGACACCUGGUUAUAGUGCAGUUGAGAUUGAUGGGAUGGUUAAUGAGUUUGUAUCUGGAGAUGUUUGCCAUCCGUGUCUUGCCGACAUACAUGAACUGCUUGAUCUAAUAUACCUUGAUCCCGAUUUCAGCAACCUAAUAUAGCAUGAGCAAGCUUACUUCUGCGCCACAUAGGAUAUCAUGAAUCUGGACAACAUGUUGUAUGUGGCAUUCAACAACUACUUGAACAUCCAUUGAAUAGCAACUAACUUUUCUAGAUGAAAGCAAACUCAAGGACCCGCAGUAUCAAGCUAAAUUUGCCAUGUAAACAAAUUAUGCACUGUUGUAAACUUCUAAUGCUAUUGUGCUGCACUAAUCAAUGUACUAUUUCUCAGCCCAAA